CCAAUUCCUGAUUGGUAGGCUAGUGAGGCUGAGGCUGACCAGCCUCAUUUCUCGAAACAGACCAUGGUGCAAAUAUUUGCUUAUCAUCUGCCAGUCUCCCAGUUGCCUAUACUAGGCAUGUCACUGACACUGACCACCCCCCUCCCGAUCACUAUUGCCCUUUCAUUCUCUCGUUGAGGGGGAAUCCUUACUUCUUCUGAGUAAAUGCGUACUAGAAAGCUCAACCACCGCGAUUACACGGUAGCAUGGAUCUGUGCGCUUCCCUUGGAAAUGGCCGCGGCGGAAGCGAUGCUGGAUGAGGUGCAUCCUGUCCCACCUGUUGACAAAUCCGAUCAAAACACUUACAUAGUGGGGGCCAUUCACCAACACAACGUUGUUAUCGCCUGUCUACCAUUCGGAGUAUAUGGUACCAUAUCCGCAGCGGUUGUCGCGAGCCAACUCCGCGCCUCCUUCCCGUCUGUCCGAAUUAGGUUAAUGGUCGGAAUUGGUGGAGGGGUGCCUGUAUCCGACAAUUCUUCAACGGAAGAUGAUAUUCGGCUGGGGGAUGUGGUCGUCAGCAAACCGUCGGGGACCUCAGGCGGAGUGAUCCAGUACGACUUUGGUAAAACCGGUCGAGAAGGCCGGUUUCAUCGAAUCUCGUGCCUCAAUAAACCUCCUCAGAUAUUGUUGACUGCCAUAGCAAAAUUGGAAGCCGGUCAUAUAGGACAUGAAAGCAGAAUUUCGGAUAUCCUGGCAAAUUUGCAGUCGAGGCAACCUGGUGUAGCUGCCAAGUUCAGAUAUCCUGGUCCGCAAUGCGACCAGCUUUUCCCUGCAGAGUAUGAGCAUUUCGAAGAGAGCAGUACGUGUGAGAGAUGCGAUCAAAGCAAACUCAUUGGUCGACAGGACCGAGCUUCAACACAUCCUAAGAUUCACUACGGGUUGAUUGCCUCAGGAAACCAGGUGAUGAAACAUGGAAUAACGCGAGAUCGCCUGGCAGAAGAAUUGGAUGUCAAAUGCUUCGAAAUGGAAGCCGCCGGGUUGAUGGAUCAUUUCCCCUGUCUAGUGGUUCGUGGGAUAUGCGACUAUUGCGAUUCGCACAAGAACAAGAGAUGGCAGCCAUACGCCGCGGCUACCGCCGCGGCCUAUGCGAAGGAGCUUCUCUCAGUGAUCCCGGGCGCUCCCAAGUCUGACGAAGGUAUAAACGAGCCGUUUCGGGUUCCAUUUGACUUGACAGGCAUCCCAGUCAUGAAUGGAUUUCUUGGUCGUCGGGGAGACUUACUCCGGUUGUGGAAUUGUUUACAGCCGGGAAAACGAAACCAGCGAAAGGUAGUGGUCAUUCAAGGACUUGGGGGGAUGGGAAAGACACAGCUGGCCGUUGAAUUUGCCCGACGUCACAAGAACGACUUUACAGCCGUUCUUUGGGUCAAUGGGCAGAGCAGAGAAACGGUUCUUCAUUCAAUGGUAUCGAUUCUGUCGAGGCUGCCUGGUAUACAAGGAUUCAAAGAUGAAUUUGCGGAGGAAAGCAUUGAGGAAAAGGCCAGCCAUACUCUCCGCUGGCUUAGCAUGAAUGAAAAUUCCAAGUGGCUACUUGUGUUUGACAAUGUGGAUCAUGACGGUGAAAAUAUUUGCGACUCCUUCCCACCGGCUGACCAUGGAUCAAUUUUGAUCACUACCCGCCAUGCGAAGCUGGCACGACUUGGUAAUUACCAGCAGAUCAGGCGACUUCUCACUGAAGAAGCGAUGCAGCUUCUGGUGAACUGCUCGGGAUAUGAGAUUGCACGUGAGAAAUUCGCCCCAACAGUCAACAACGAAGCAAAAGACCUCGUCAAUCGACUGGGGUGCCUACCCCUUGCUAUCGUAAUGGCCGGCUCCUACAUUCACGGUACCGGAAUAAGCUUCCGGAAUUACCUGCGCCAUUAUGAACAGUCGUGGAAAAGAAUGCAACAGACGACCACAGCCCACCUCGAAUACUCGAACGGGAACCUCUUGACAACAUGGAAGAUUUCCUACGACGAAGUACGCAAAAGAAAUGCAGCGGCUGCGAACUUACUGCUGCUUCUUUCUUACUUCGAUAAUCAAGACGUCUGGUUCCAGCUGAUAAGGAGUGGAAAUAUUGCAAUUUGCAGUGUAAUUCCCCAGUGGUUCCAAAGUAUAGUUUCAGACGAAGCAAGCUUUCUCGCCAACGUCAAUUUGCUGAUUUCAUUUUCUUUGGUGGAGUCAAAUCCGCAAUGUUCCAGCUACUCCGUGCACCCCGUGGUUCACGACUGGUGUCACUACGAACUACUGGGCGAACUGGAUCAGCCCACGCGUAUGCAACUUAGAAUGACCGCCCUUGCUGCAAUCGGACAUGCCGUGCCCUCGGUCGGUGAGAAGCAACACUGGGUUUUGCAGCAGCGCGUCCUCCCCCACGCCAACCGGAUGCUGGCUUGCCUUUCAAAGAGCCCUUCAAUACCACAGGAGCCGGCACUGAUCCAAGCCCUUCAUAACUUGGGGCUUCUAUACAAAAGUCAACGAAAGCCGAACGAGGCCGAGCAAAUGUACCAGCUUGCUCUGACCCGGCUGGAAACUUCGGCCGGGCUCAAUUACCCCCUGGCAUCCCGACUCCAAAUCAUCAACAAUCUCGCCAAUCUUUAUCGCAAUCAGAAGAGAUUCCACCAUGCAGAGAGUCUAUAUUUGCGUGCUCUGGCUGGAUUUGAGGAGACGCAAGGACCGCGGAGUGAGUCCAUUCUGGCAAUUCUUGGGAACCUGGGAAAUCUCUACAGCGAUCAAAGAAAAUUCGCGGAGGCAGAGGAGGUGUAUCGCAGAGCAUUGACGGGAUUUGAAAAUGCUCUUGGCCACAAUAGCUCUUCGACGCUCAAAAUCGUCCUCAAUCUGGGGACUCUUUACACUGACCAAGGUAAAUGGAAGGAAGCCAAACAGAUGUUUCGCCGGGCAGUGAAUAGUCUUCACAGGACUCUAGAUUUCAAUGACCCGGCAACUCUGACGGUGGUUGUGAACAUAGGGGAUCUUUGCAUCAAAUCCGGGAAGUCCAGAAAGGCGAAGCGAAUCUACGAGGAUGCGUUGUUUCGAUAUGAGAAGGCCCUGGGUCCAGAACAUGAUUUUACGAAAAAAUUAGCACGGAAUUUGCAGAGGCUAGGAUCUAGAUUGAGAAAGUCGGGUAGGCAAUAGAUUAAGAAGAAGGAAAGAUAUUGUUUGCCACAGCCACAAAGAUAGGAAAAUAACAAUAGAAUGAAAUGAAUAAAGCGGUAGAUGAGGAUAAUGUGGCUGUGCAAAUCCGCAUCCUCGAACAGGGAUCGGGCAGGUACUUAGUGCUGCAUAACAGUCCCAGUCAGGCUGACACGCCACAGAUAUUGGGCGGUGAAAGUGGAAUGCAGCCUGACAGCCUCACAGAGCUAAAUGACGUGGACAAGUGUGAUCAGCUCAGCCUUUCACUGGAAAUUCGAAAGCAAGAGAUUUAAUAAUAAGCGC